GCUUCCAAUUCUCUUCAUUCCCUCUUUUUCAUUCUCUCUUCUAUGAGAAACGUGCAUUUGUCGCGAUAAUAUGACCGUGACAACCUUCUCUUCUAACCCGGGUUUUAACCCGUCUAAUUUAUACCAUGGGUUAUAUAAGUACAAGUGUACAACCCUUUUCUUGUAUUAGUUAUUUAUUUGUCAAGCUAAGUUAGCUUAAGGUUAUGGGUUAUAUAUAUAUAAUUCAUAAGUUAUGUAGAUGUUGAGGAUUUCCUAAGGUUUUUCUCCAUUUUAUUGUCUAGGAAAAUAGUUUUGUUUUGUGUGUAAGUCAAGUGAUAAACUGAUAAUAAUGGAAGCCGUUCCUAUGCCACUUCAUGUUCCUCUAUCGUCUCCUCCUUCGUUCCCAUGGGUUACCGAUGUUAUGGUUCAUCAACUUGGAGGGCAUUUACAUUCCUCGCUUUCACAGGGGAAUGAAUCAUUUGACGUUGGUAAUGUCAAUGCAGUGCCAUUAGUUAAGUCGCGAAAGAGGCCUGCAAUGCUAGUCUUGCCUGAAUUAAGCCCUGAGAAAGUGUUUUUUUCGGAGAAAAGGAAAAUUGAAAAUGUUGAAGUUGCAAUCCAAGGGAGGGAAUAUUGUGUGUUUAGUAAGAAAGGAAGGCGAGAGCAUAUGGAAGAUCGAUACAAGGUCGUUACAGACAUUUCUGGUGACUCUAAUCAGGCAUUUUUUUGCUGUUGUUGAUGGACACGGAGGCCAAGCUGCAGCCGAUUAUGUUGCAGAUAACUUAGGGAAAAACAUUCUGAAUGCACUUGAAAACCUUAAGGAAGAAGAUCAAGCCAUACACGACGGCUACUUGGAAACUGAUAGAGGAUUCCUGAGUAAGGGUGUAAGCAGUGGAGCUUGUGCAGCGAGUGUGCUCAUAAGGAACGGUGAAUUGCACGCUUCUAAUGUCGGUGAUUGUGGAGUAGUUUUGAGUAAAAGAGGAUUAGCAACUAAACUGACAAAUGACCACCACUUAAGCAGAGAAGAUGAGCGUUUUCGAAUAGAAAACACAGGUGGAUUUGUACAUAGCUGCAACGGAAUUUGGAGACUUCAAGGUACUCUAGCAGUGUCAAGAGCAAUAGGAGACCUGCAUUUGAAAGAGUGGAUUAUUUCUGAACCUGAGAUUCAGAAAGUCCCCUUAACUUCAGACUGUGACUUCAUUAUAAUGGCCUCCGACGGGCUUUGGGACAAGGUGAGCGAACAAGAGGCUGUCGAUAUCGUUUCAAGGGAAGAAGAUAAUGCAAUGGAAUCCUGCAAGAAACUUGUUGAUGUAUCCUUUAGCAGAGGUAACAAAGAUGACAUCACUGUCAUAGUGAUCAACCUUCAAACAUAUGUUGCAGUUGCUGAUUCAAGUGCUGAAACAUUCACAUAAGCGUGCAUCUAUCAACUUCAUACACUUCAUGUUCCCUUAUUGGACUGUAAAUAUAAAUAAUUUAGCUGGACAUCGGAAGUAGUGGCGAAAAAUGCUGAUGAUAUGUUUCAAUGAUCAACGGAAAGCUCAAGGAGGGGGAAACAAUCUGCAUCAAUUUUGUAUAGAUUUGGUUAGAACUUAGAAAUAAAUUAGUACGUACUAGAUUUAGAUUUAUCCAGUAGAAAUUAUUUUGUAACGUUUUUUCCAGUAGUAAUUGACAGAUUUUAAGAAAGGAACUAAAAGAAAAGGGGUGAAAAAACAAGUUCUUGAUUUGUGCAUGUUUACUUCAUGUAUAGAGAGCAAUUUUUUUUUAA